UUACAAAUACGACUAAACAUAGCUAUUAUCUUUUCAUCCAGAAUCUGCCUGGCUUUGGUGGGUUACAGGUACUCUUUUUGGCAUUGCCUUCUUUUCCUCAGGUGACCUGUGACCACUGGCCACCCCCUCAGCUGUGCUCUCCCUCCCCAACACCAUGCGGAUAUCAGGUGUGAUCCGGUGCGUGGUGCUGCUCAUCACACUGCUGGGCACAUGGUUCAUCAUGCAGACGUACUUCCACCACAGCUGGAAAGCCAUCAGCUUGCGGAGCUGGCUCGGUGCCACGAAGAAGCCCAGCAGUGAGAAGCUGCCUCGGCACAAGUGUGGGAACCAGAAGAGCUGCCCCAAGAAUUAUUUUGCCUUCAAGAUCGUCAGUGGUGCUGCAAACGUGGUGGGACCCUCCAUCUGCUUCGAAGACUUGGUCCUCAUGAGCAGCGUCAAAAACAACAUUGGCAGAGGCCUGAACAUCGCACUGGUGAAUGGAACAACUGGGCAGCUCCUGAAGACCGACUCAUUCGACAUGUACUCUGGAGACAUUACAAAUCUGGAAAACUUCCUCCAAGAGAUCAAGCGCGGCACCCUCGUGUUGACAGCAAGCUACGAUGAUCCUGCCACAAAGAUGACUGACACCGUACGGGCACAUUUCAUGGAGCUGGGCAGCAGCCACGUGAGUGAGCUGGGCUUCCGGGACAACUGGAUCUUCUUGGGAGCAAAAGGGCUGAUGAGCAAGACCCCGUUUGAAAAGCACAUAAAAAAUGAUAAGGAGACAAAUAAAUAUGAUGGCUGGCCUGAGCUGCUGGAGAUGGAGGGCUGUGCCCCCAGGAAGAUGGAUUAGCAUCAAUCUCCAGCCUGCCACACAGGGCAGCCGCCACCCCUUACACCAGCUCCAUCGUGGGGAUCCCAGCCCCUCCAUAUCCCGGUCACACAGCCCAGCAGCUGCUGCCUGCUCCCAGGAACCGGCUGCUUCACAGCAGGAACUGUGCAGGGUUUGGAGAAGAGCUGCACAAGGGUCUGGAGAGCCUGAGCAAACGCCUGGCCAGGUUUCAGCCAAGCUGUCCUCCUCUAGGGGUCAA